UUGUAGUACCCCCUAUGUAAAAGCUGGCAUUAAAUAAGAUGUCCUAUAUCUGUUAUGAAGGGUACACAGUACCACUUUAAGGGAUUGAUGUACCUAAACAAUAACCAGCUGUCAAGGUAUAAAAUGCGUGCCCAUAUUGUGUUAUAUUGACAAAUUCCAUGCUGUGUAUAAGUCAUAUCGAAAGACAAAUGAUACCCACAUGUGUAAGUGAUCCCCUCCCAGCAUGUGGACUCCUAAUCACGAGUGGAGAACUUAUAGUGUAAAUACAGGAAAUUACUCAAAAUGAAGAUCGAAAGACGACAUCCAACUGGUAUAACUUGUGUACUGGGUUUAGCUUUACUGUCUAUUCUGAAUGCUAAGUGUGUGUUGGGCAGCUUCACUAAUGAUAUCGAUUGUCUGGCGAAGAUUUUAAGCCGUUACCGAGAUAUACGCAGCUGUCCAUGGGACAUCACGAGUACGUGUUCAGCUACAAAUUUAGGAUGUUACAAAUAUGAAAAGGAUUGUGAGGUGUCGGAACAAGGUCCCACCCAUGUGUCUAUGUUUGUGUAUAUAUCAACGAUCCCUGUAGUGGAGGAACACAAAUCUGUACAGUCUCAGUGGUGCCGGUGCAGAGUUGUAACUUUUGUAUGUUACCUAAGUAUUGACAAUGCUUUCAACAUUUCAGACCUUUGUCUUCCAAAGACAACUGCACCGAUGCCAGGAUCAUCUGGAAGUACAACCAAUUUAACAGCAGGGUCCCAAACCGUAAAUACAUGUCAAAGCAACAAUGGUAACUCCCCUGGUCAGAUCGUCGGAGCAUUCAUAGGAGGCGCUGCAUUCACUGUCAUCGUAGUAUUCCUCACUUACUUUUUGACAAAAAGAUGCAGACAUAUUCAAAGUGGAGACAAAGUACCUUCCGAGCGUUCAACAACAAAUCCAGCAUAUGAAUCUGAAUCCAAUUUGGUUUCUUUGGACCACAACUUGAGAUCCAGGUCAAUUAAUAAUGGACAUACCUACUGUACUAUCAAUGACCACUUGCCCUCAACAAAGGUUUCUCACGUUAAACCAAUAGUGAGACACGAACAUCACCCAGUGCCUCCAUCCGUCAAACAGGACAACAUUAAUAACAUAUACAAUCAUCUGAAUGAGACUGAAGGUGACGAUAAAAGUGUAUACUACGAUCAUGUGUCACCAAGCACCACCAGUGUUCCACCUUCUGUGGAGUAUGAUGUUUUCAAUAAUUACACAGAGGUCGUUGGAGAAGGAUAUGUACAUGCAAGUGGAACACAUAAAAACUAAAUCUGAUAAUAUGAUAUUCAUUCACCAUGGAAAUGCAUGAUUUUAAAGUAGCUUUUCAUCAAUAAUAGUUUGAUUUAUUUUGAAAACGUAUUAGCACUCAACACUAAUGAUUUUGCAGCAGACUUAUGUGCAGACUUCCAAUAAAACUAAUCAAAUGUGUUUGUCUCAACAUUACAAAUGCUUUGUGCGUUUUAACUCAAACAAACACCUAGGUUUAGAAUUCCAGCAUUAUGAAGUUGUAAUCUCUGUCAUAUUUGGUAUCUGACUUAUGAUGGCCUUAAGGCACUCUGUUAAACAUACGGAAAUGUUUAGUGUUUUACAUCUUAUUAUAUGUUUAAAGUGUCAGGAGCUUCAUCGUUAUGGUGAUCCAGUAUGUUAAAGUAACAAAAUAUAUGACUUCAAAGCUGUGUGCGACAUGUCUUCUUUGUAGUGUCCUCCAAAUGAUGAGGACAAAUAAUGUGAAAUAGUAUUGGACAUGAAAUAAAAUUUGUUUACAAUUCCAAA